AUGUCCAUCGGCUCCCUUGGCAAAGACCCAGCCAAGUUUGUGAAUGUCUCAGACAUCUACUUCGACGACAUGACCAUGAUCGACACCGUCUACGGCGCACGCGUCAAGUCCUGGGUCGGAGGGCAGGGACUCGUGAAGAACGUCACCUGGAACAACAUCCGCGUGUACAACGUUUCUUUCCCAAUCUUCGUAACGCAGACAUACCUCGACCAGUCCGCCAAGGAGGCGCAUAACCGCCAAAACAACGCGACAGUCAACAUGGAGGACUUCGCUUUCAAGGACUGGGUCGGGACGCAAGCUGGCUACCAAUAUGGUGAUGGUACCUGCGUCACAGACCCCUGCUGA